AUGGAAUCUUCAACCAUCCUAUUCAUCAUCACUUUGGUGACUUUAUUCAUCUUCCUCAGCUGGUUGAUCACCCCCAUCCCUCAAGAAGUCCCGUAUGAAGUGGAACAAAUCACCAGCCAGAAUCAAUCACGUCCUGUGCCCAUCAACACAACCAGCAACUCCUCCAGUGGUAACUCCAUAACCAGUGGCGUUAGACCCAGAAAUACCUCCAGAGAGAUCACCCCAGCAAUGAUAGAAAUCGUCCAGUCCAUUGGUCCACAAUUAACUGAAUCACAAAUCCGUUUGGACCUUCAGAGAUCGGGUUCGGUGGAAGCAACUGUAAAUAAUUAUAUGGAAAACGGUACUUUACCCUUCCCUGAAGGUGAAACCGCUCCCCAACAAACCGCCCCCACCCAUAACAUCCCUCCUUCCACAGUUUCACUUAACUUACUUGAAAAAUACGGAUUAACUGAAGAUGAAGCCGUUGAAGGCACUCCUGAAGAACUCAAAGGUAAAUGGGGAGCCUCUAAAGAAGAGAGGUCAACAUUUUUGGAGAAGAAGAGAAAGGAAAUGAUUCUUAAUGCUAGAAAAAGAUUGGCUAGUCAAUUGUCUAAUGAAAAACCUAAUGUUUUAUAG